AUGGCUUACGGACUGGCAAAGUCAAUCAGGCGCUCCCACGGCGUGCAGCAACUCGGCCUGCUUCACUUCUCCGCCUGGCACGCCGUGCGCGGCCGCGUACUCGCAUACUCGCUCUGGGCAACAGCGGUCUGGCUGCUCAAUCUCAAGGGUUGGAUGCCGAUGGUCUCCAGCGUCGGCUCGUUGGUCAACACGCUCUCGAUGGUCACGGGCUUGCUGGUCUCGUUCAGGGCGUCGAGUUCGUACGAGAGAUGGUCUGAGGGACGCCGAGUAUGGGCCAACAUUCAGUCAACGACCCGCACCUUCAUCCGCCUCCUCAUCUUCGCCCUCCCGCCGCCCGCAACCUCCCUGCAGGACUCGCACUCUGCCGCAUUCGACGAGCAGCGCGCCUCAGCCAUCAAAGAGAUGGCCGGCCUCGUGCUCGCUUUCCCCUACGCGUGCAUGUACCGCCUGCGUGACCAAGCCGGUCUCGAGCGGAAAGAACUGCAGUCGCUUCUUCCCUCCGACCUCCUCGCCGCGUACCGCUCGACUCCCGCCAGCCAACGCAGCCGGCCUUCCAUCUCUGCCGACCCUUCCUUCGUCCAGCACUCGAAGGCUGCAGAAGCAGACCGCGCGAUCGCCAACCUCAACGCACCUCCGUCCGCUUCUCGCUUCCUUCCCCGCUCGCUUCCAACAGGCGAACCGACCAACCUCCCUCUCUCGCUCAUCCGCGCCAUCCAGGCGUACGUCACGGGCUGGCACGAGACCAAGUUGCCGAGCCGUGACUCGCCGAGCGAGGGAUCGAGCGUACUGGAUGGCGUGACUUUCGCGGCGGCCACGAACGCGCUCAAGGAGUUUACGGACGAGCUGACUGCGCUCGAGCGUAUCCGGGACACUCCCAUCCCGCUCAUCCUCAAUAUCCAGCUCCAAGUCCUCCUCCUCGUCUACGUCGCCGCCGUCCCUCUACAGCUCGUCCGCUCGUGGGGCGUCUGGAGCGUCGCAGCGACGGCUGUCACAGCUGCUUGCUUCUUUGGUGUCGACCGCGCGGCGGAGGAACUGAGUGAUCCGUUCGGUGAAGAGCCCAACGACCUCCCCGUCGCACGUUUCUGUGCCGAUUUGCACCGCGAGUACCUCGAGAUGCUCGGCGAGGGCGGCGGGUCGAGCGGGAACGCCUGGGAACCCGCCUCGAUGGACAAGCUCGGCGCGUCGGUCAAGAAGGAGGAGUAG